GCUAAAAUGACCUUUUACUCCCCCCCAUCGCCACCCAGCACCAACGCUGAAGCCAUCGCCAACUACAAUGUCGGAAUCCAGCACGCCAAUGCCUUUUCCAAGCAUCACAGUGUUAAAUCACUCCAGCACCCCAAGCUCUACGCUUCCACUCGAGCUCGGAAAGCCGCCACCAGAGAGUGCUGCAUAUCUCGUUCAUCUCUUUCCACAGCUCAACGAGGAUGAGGAGCCGUCGCUGGUCCUUGGGAAGGGAUCUAUCCCGAGUCAGUUACCAGACGACCUGUUGGCUGCUAUAAUGUACGAGCCCAAUGGCGACAUCUGGGUCGAAAGCUACAGUCCGUCCAAGCCCGUCUACGUUUCAACCGCAGCAACCACCAGCACUCGCACUGUCCGCCACAAACUCCGCAUUUCGACCGUCGCCGGCGAGCGCUACUAUGCUAUGCUCACGGGCGACUGCGACAUCGAAGUCGACGGUGUGGGCGGCAGCCAAUCCAAAAUCCGUUUCGUUUACAACACCCAAGAAUCGCAAAAUCUGAGUCCGCUACCACAGCCACAGCCAGUUUUCCAGCCGCCGCAGAUUCAGGUUAUGCAUAGUCUUCCACACAACCCGGAGAGUCUCCACGAGAUGUUGGAGUCAACACCCACCGUCAUUCCAGAGACGAAUCCAAAUAAGGUUUAUGAGACACCUGCAGUCAAGUCAAGGCAUAUCGAUCCGAACAGCUCGCCCCGCCGGCCACCGGAUGCUUCACCUUCACGAGUGGCAGUGCGGAAUCGACAUGGAAAGUCCGGGUCGGUGGUUGGUGGUGUUCCGGGCACCGGUGAGCUCGACGUGACCGACUCGGAGAGUGAGAGUGAGCCUUUUGAGCCUACGGCUCCACUGGUAAUGGACGUUGAUACGAUCGAUUCCACGCCGGGAUUGCAGAUCCCCAACCGUCCUACGGCUCCCGUGGCGGAUAUGGGUAACGGAAAGACAUCCACACCUCCGGGUGAUAACAUCCAAUCUCCUCCGGAAGAUUUAGACCUUGAUGAAGACAGCGGAGCACCACCAGAUUCAUUGCCACCAGUGUUCAGAGCUGAAGAUGAAAAGAGGAAGUUCGCACAUGAAAAGAAGCUUAAGACACCUGCGCGUCUGUAUGGCAAGAAGAAGGGGGUUCCAUUGGCUGCUAUUGCGGAGACACCGGCGGCUGAUCGGGAUGGUGCGGUGGAAACGGAGGACGACGCCACACCUGUACCUGCGCCGAAGAAGGGAGCAGCUAAGAAGAGGAAAUCUCGGUCGAAACCCGACGAGAAUACACCUGAAAUCGACGAGGGCUCUGCUAAAAAGAAGAGGAAGGGGAAAGCCGGUAUGCCUGUUGCGUCGGUAGAGGGGGAAGAGGUGCCGGCUCUACCAUCUACCAAAGGAAAGAAACCAAUUGCAAAAGCUGUGAAAACACCAAAAUCUAAAUCGCAAGUAUCCAUCACUCCGACGCAGGCUGCCGGAAACGCAUACAAUCUCCCCGAUACCCAAGACGACGAGUCGAGGGAAGAUGUGCCCGCUGUGGUGCCAAAAACCCCCAAGCCCCGCGCCAAAAUAAUCAAAAAGACGCCUGCUGCCGCCGCAAAGAAGACUCCCCUCACAGUCCGCAAAUCCGCCCCCCAUACCGGUUCCUCUGCUAGUCCAGUCGAAGAGUUUUCCCCACCCACCAGCACCCUCCGCACCACCGACCACUACGAAGGUUCUCCACCUCGUAUCUCAUUCUCUAAUUCUGCGCUAGCAGACGACAAGCAGGUAUUGAAAUUCGUCCGUGCCAACGGUGGAAAAGUCAUUUCCUCUUCCGCCGACCCAGCGUGUAACUAUCUGGUCGUUGGCCCGGGUGAACUCAAGCGCACACCUAAAUUCAUCAUCGCCGUCGCCCGCGGCAUCCGCAUCGUGGAGGAGCAGUGGAUUCGCGAUUCAAACACAGCCGGUUACUGGGUCGAUCCAGAUCCAUACGUACCGAAUGAUCCCGAGCGCGAGAAGGAAUGGGGGUGUUCACUCGCCGCUGCCCUCGAGCGCGGUCACAAUGGUGGAUGCCAGGUGUUGGCGGGGAAAACGGUUUAUCUCACGCCGAACUUAAUCUCACACCUCAAGGCGGUUGGCAUGGAAGACGGAUUGCUGGGAAUGCUGAAGGCUGCGGGCGCUGAGCAUAUACACAAGAAGGCGCCCCGCGGAGAUGCUGAGGAUGACAUGUUAGUGCUCGGUAAAGAUGAUGGAGAGAAGGACCUGGCUACGCUCGAGAAGGGCGGUUGGAAGGUUUUUGGUACUAGUAUCAUCGGACUGAGCGUCAUGAGAGGCGCACUCGAGACCGGCGAUGAGUUUGUGGUGAAGCCAAGCUCCUCUGCGGGAGAUGGAACGCAGAAAAAGAAGCGGGGUGGCAGGAAGUCGCUUGGAUAAGCCGAAACUAUGCGUGCUCAUUUUUUUGUAUAAUGUAUGUACUUGUACUGGUGUUGAUGUGGUGGCUUGAUCUGCGUUUCCACUGGCUUUGAGGCCUAAUUUAGAUGAGCUAUUUGGAAUGACAAUGGGUUUUCUUUGCGCUUCUUGGGUG